AUGAAACACGGGAUGCGAAACUACGGCAGCAGAAUACACGGGCUAGCAGAGCAUAACCAGGCGGCAGCCAGCACCACGGCGCAGCAGAAAACCCACCGGGCACUAGAAACACGGCGGCCGCAGGAAACACGGCUAGCAGGAACACGGCGCAGCAGAAAACACGGCAGCAGGAACAGGCCGGCGAGCAGAGGAGCAGUUAUCGAUGGCGGACCCUGCCGUGUCGUCCGAGGCUCGCUGAACGCGGGCGGGCGUUAUAAUGAAGUGCUGAGGUGCUGCAGAGAUGUUGUGGCCUUCAGAUCGUGUCCUCCAGAUCGCGGGAGUGGCGGUAAAGCGGCUUCCAGCCCGGCGGAGAACUACCACCUGGCCCGUCGGCGCACCCUGCAGGUCGUCGUCAGCGCCCUCCUGACGGAGUGCGGCUUCGAGAGUGCGGAGAAGGCGGCGGUGGAGACGCUCACGGAGAUGAUGCAGAGCUAUAUAUCUGAGAUAGGUCGGUGUGCUAAAGCUUAUUGUGAACACACAGCCAGAAGUGUCCCGACACUGUCGGAUGCAGUGGUCACACUUAUUGAAAUGGGUUUCAAUGCCGACACGCUGCCCGUGUACGCCAAGAGAUCGCAGAGGAUGGUUAUAACUGCCCCUCCAGUGACAAACCACCCCGUGGCUCCCAAAGCGCUGUCGGCCGGACAGAAACGCACACAUCCGGCUCACAUCCCGGGCCACUUCCCAGAGUUCCCCGACCCUCACACCUACAUCAAGACACCCACGUUCAGAGAGCCCGUGUCAGACUACCAGGUGGUGAGAGAGAAGGCGGCGAGUCAGAGGAGAGACGUGGAGCGAGCGCUCACGCGCUUCAUGGCCAAGACGGGAGAAACUCAGAGCCUCUUCAAAGACGACGUCACCGCCUUCCCACUGAUCGCAGCGCGACCGUGCACCAUCCCGUAUCUCAGCGCCCUCCUGCCCUCAGAGCUCGAACUGCAGACCCUGGAGGAGACGGACUCGUCUGAGCAGGACGACCAGACGGACAGCGAGAACGCGGCGGGAAACAUCAUCACUGAUGAUCCCGGAGCCGACAAAGAGAACUCCAUGCUCCCUCCCAGCGGCGUCGUUCCCUCCGCGAAGGUCAGCGAGGACAACGUGAUCGACAACCCGUACCUCCGGCCGGUCAAGAAGCCCAAAGUGAGGAGGAAGAAAUGAACCUGGCCUGAACCCGACAGACUCACAUCUGCCACAGACAGUGGUCGGUGCUUUCAGCGGUCCGGUCAGUGAUUCCCUUCAGAGAGGAGGAGUGGCCCCGGGCCUUGAAGCCCGCCGUGUGAGCCAGAACCAGCAGCUCCUUUUCCUCCACUCUGGGACCAGUGCUGCUGUGGACUGUUUACAUAUUGACUAACUUCUAUUGAAGAUAACUUUUUGUUUUUUUGUUUUUUUUCUCAGCGAGCACUCUUGUAACACACAGACACACAGGAAGUCAUUCUGUGAAUAAAGAAAUACACGUUUCUUUUCUUUUUUUUAAACUCUGAGGUAUCCAACUUUUCAUCACUCUACAAAAGUUUAAAAAGUUUCAGCGUGUUGAUUUUAAAAGUUCAGAAAAACGAUGAGAAAUGCAUCGACAGUCAGCGUGCUGA